AUGGCGAUGGAGAUCAGGGAAGACGACUGGGUGGUUUGUUGCGGAAGCUCCGAUUUCGCGAAGCUGAUGGUGAAAGCAUCUCCGUUUAGCUCAUUAGAAACAGCGAUCGAUGUUGCAAGAGAAAUCUGGUUCAACCAAGUUAAUGUUCCAGCUUGGCUUGAAGCCUUCGCUGCUCAUCCUCAGAUUGGGAAUUCUCCUUCACCUUCUAACAACUCCGAUUUUGCUCGUCGGAGCGUAGCAGAGCAGUCCACCGCCUUUGCCACAACUUCUGCUUCUGCUUUAGAGGAGCUUUCCGAGUGGAAUGCACUCUACAGGCAAAAGUUUGGCUUCAUCUUCAUCAUUUGCGCCUCCGGCAGGACUCACGCUGAGAUGCUCGCCGAGUUAAAGGGAAGGUAUGCAAACAGACCGAUAGUGGAGCUCGAGAUUGCUGCUAAGGAACAGAUGAAAAUAACAGAGCUCCGGAUGGCAAAGCUGUUUAGCGAGAAGGCUGAAGUUGUUUCACAAACUGAGUCAACAAAACCUCAAGAAGACCGUCUGAGAAUCAUAGGAGAGCAUUUGAAUGCUGCUGCUGAAGCAAAAGCUCCCAAGAGAAGUAGGCCACCCAUCACGACUCACGUCUUAGACGUCUCGCGUGGUGCUCCAGCUGUAGGUGUUGAAGUGCACUUGGAGGUGUGGAAUGGUACGACCUGUCCUUCCUUUCGACAGGGAGGUCGUGGGGAGUGGUCCGUUGUGGGAACCUCAGCUACUGAUAAAGAUGGGCGUAGCGGGCCGCUGAUGGAUUUGGUUGAGGCUUUGAAUCCAGGGACAUAUAGAAUAAGCUUCAACACUGCAAAGUAUUGCCAAGGUUGCUUCUUUCCCUAUGUUUCCAUUGCAUUCGAGGUUACAGAAUCUCAGAAAUGGGAGCAUUUCCACGUCCCGCUGUUGCUUUCACCAUUUUCUUUCACCACAUACCGUGGGAGCUAG